AUGUUUAACAGUGCCAUCAACCGAAGGGCAAUGCCUUUGUUCUUGCGCCCAACUGGCUCAGUAACAUCCGCCGUGAGCAAAAUGGCGGCUCCUUCAGCACGCCGCUUUUUGACCGAUAAGCCCGGCUUGGAAUCCACAGAUAUCAGGGACAUCGCCGAUGCCAGAAAAACAAACCCUCCCCAGCCCAAGAUCUCCAAUGCGAGCGUGGGCAGUGAGAAGCUCACCGAAGAGCAAAAGCGCGAAGUGGAUGAGCACAACGCGGACUUCGAGAAGAAGCAUGAUACUGCAGCCCCUGCCGAGAAGGACAAGGUCGACAAGAAGUUUUGGUCAAACAGAGAUAGCGGAAUGUAA